AUGGGAAUGAACACAGAUAGGAUUAAUGACAAUAUCAUCCCUGAGUCUUCUUUGUUGACAGGAAUUGAUGAACAGUCAGCCUGGGAGAUGCUGGAUAAAUAUGGAACAGAAGAAAAGUGUGAACAUGGAGAAGUGAGUGUUUAUGACAAGGAAUUUGUUCAGGAAGAAAAAACAGAGGAGGUAGAUGUUCCUCCUGUGGAAUCCAGUGUUGAUCCUGAAGACUUAAUUAACAGCAGCCCUAGUCCUUUAAUGACCACACCCAAGGCAUCGACUCGUGUUCCCAAACACCCAGCGGCUCGGGUACUGGAGGAAAAUCUGGAGGAGCAUGGGGGUGUAAGGGGAAGUAAUAAGAACAACAGUGAUGAAACUGACGAAUUGAAAUACUACGACGCUUACGAAUAUCCACCUAAGAAGGAUGGUAAAGAAAUGACAGAGGCGAAAUCUCCGGUUGAUAACAAUAUUGUACAUCUAGUCCAGGAACAGAGCAGCAAUAAUAAGGUGCUAAAAUACUCACAGUCUGAUGUGAACAAAAUAAAGCAGGAGUUAGAGCUGGACUUUCAGGCUCGACUCCUAAACAAGGAGAGAGAAUGGAGCCAGAAACUGGGGGCUCGGGACAAAGUCAUAACGGAGCUACAGGAACAAAACAAACUGUACAAGGCAACUAAUGAGGACAUGAGGGCAGUUGUUGCUGAGUUUGAAAAGACUAUUGCCCAGUUACAUAGUGAAAAAGAGAGAUCGGUGAAUGAAUCCCAGCAGACGUUUGAAGAAGUUGUCAAGGAGCGAGACCAG